CAGUAUCGUGAAUCCUUCGGAGCAGGCGCUACGGGGUGGGCUUCCUUAUCGAUAGCAACCAUACAUUCACUCCCCGCCUUACAUCUAACACUACAAACGAUGACGAAAAUGAUACAAGCGGCAGAGAUCCUAGGACAGAAGAGUCACGUAGUUCCUGGCAAGCUACGAAUUACGGAGCACUUCUUCGAAGUACCUCGUGACUAUGGCAAUCCUUCGGCAGGAACAAUCCAGCUCUUCGCACGCUCUGCUCUGAAAGCCGAGAAGCCCGCAGACUACACUUCAAAGUCACAUCUCGAGCUCUCCAAGACCCAGCUUCCAUGGCUCGUAUAUCUGCAAGGCGGCCCAGGCUUCGAGUGCCGAAGCCCCGAAAAAGUCUCAUGGACUCAAACAAUUCUCGAUAAAGGUUACCGAGUGCUCAUGCUAGACCAACGUGGAACUGGUCUUUCAACUGCAAUAAGCCAGUCGAGUUUACAGUUGAGGGGUGACGAGAAGGUGCAGGCAGAUUAUAUGAAGAGCUUCAGGGCUGAUAGUAUUGUCAAGGACUGCGAGGCCAUAAGAAAAGCAUUGACCGAGGAUUACCCCGAAGAGAAAAAGAAAUGGAGCAUCAUGGGACAGAGCUUUGGAGGAUUCUGUUGCUUGACUUACUUGUCUCACCACCCCGAAGGAGUCAAAGAAGCGUUUCUUUUCGGCGGCUUGCCACCACUAAGAGAUGACCCAGAUGAAGUUUACGAGCGCCUAUACGCACGUGUCAAGAACAGGAACGAAGGGUAUUACGCAAAGUAUCCUGAAGACAUUGAUCGCGUUAAACGCAUUGUCAAACUCCUCUCUCGUUUCGGCGACACGACUGUGCGCGUCCAAGGCGGCGAAGGCUUCCUUUCUGCACGUCGCUUCCUGCAGCUUGGAAUUUACUUCGGUAAACAUGGAGGUUUUGAUGAUGUCCACGAAUUUGUUCUCCGCGCCGAUACUGAUCUGACCCAAUUCGGACAUUUGACACGACCCACCGUUCUCGCGCUAGAGGCAGCACAGAGCUGGGACACGAACGUCAUUUAUGCACUUCUCCAUGAGCCAAUCUAUUGUCAAGGAAAGGCGUCGAAUUGGUCUGCGGAGCGUCUCAUUUCCAAACACCCCGAGUUCUCGCUUUCCCGUGUGGAUGGCGACGAGCCUGUCUACUUUACAGGCGAGAUGAUCUAUCCCUUCAUGUUCGAUGUUUACCCAGAGCUCGCCAAGCUCAAGACUGUUGGCAACCUUCUGGCCGAAGAGAAAGACUGGCCGCAACUGUACGACAAAGAGCAGCUGAAGAAGAACGAGGUGCCUACUUAUGCUGCAGUCUACGUUGACGACAUGUAUGUUGACCUUGAUCUGAGCAUGGAGACAGCAAAUUCUAUCAGGGGAUGCAAGACUUUCAUUACGAACACGAUGUACCACAAUGGAAUCGGUGCGAAAACGGAUGAAGUGCUGAGGCAAAUCUUCUCUCUGAGAGAUGAUGUUAUGGAUUAGGCAAGAAGCUUCGUUGAUGGCCGACGUGUAUGUCAUCCAAAGUACGAGUUUAGAACCAUCCAUCACGUCUACUGCUUCAUAAUCUUCUGCGCCUGCUCCAAUUGUGCUUUCAGAUCAACAUCCCAAAUCCAUCUCAUCCUGUGCAUAUAGUUUUCCUCGAUUUUAUCAAGGUCGUCUCCGAACAGCUCGAAAUCGUACAACUUGCCAGCUUCGUAACUUGUUUUCACGAUCUUCUGUGUCCUCUCCCGUCUGACCUGGUCGAACGCGCCAAAGGCUCGCUGCAACUCGUCA